CAGAACACUUCCAUAUGCAGUCAGAAUCUCUGAUCAAACCCUUAAUGCAAACGAUUUCGCACCAGCACUACAGAGUUCGUGUUGAUGUAAUUCAGGCUACUGGAGCAGUGAUACAGUUUGGAAAUGGAAAGUCUGUGGAUGAUGUUCUGUCACAUCUGGCCCAGAGAUUGUUUGAUGAGAUUCCCAAGGUGCGGCAUGCUGUAACGACUGUUGUUGGAGAAUGGUUGUUGCACCUACGAGACAGAUAUUCGUAUUUUCACAAGUUGAUCCCUUUGUUACUUGGCAGCUUUACUGAUGAAAUUCCUGAAAAUACGAAAUUGGCUUGGACUUAUUGGGAAAAGGUAGGCUUGCAGUGGGAAAAAGAGAAUGAAGAAGAUCUGAAGGAUAAGAUGGAUUUUAGUGUUUCACCAUCUCAUUAUCCCAAAGGAG